AUGGAUAUAAAUACGAUAUUGACACGUCCAAUACGAGUAUUUUCUUUACCACCUGAAAUUUUAUUAGUUAUCACUUCAAGAAAAAAAUUCGUAAAAUCCUCAGCGAAAUUAUUAUCAGAACCAGAAAUAACAAAUAAAGUGAAAGAAAACGUUUUUACUAAACAAAAUGAAGAUAAUACAAGACCUACAUGUCUUGUUUGUGGAAUAACAUCUUUUGAAAAUGUAGAACAGCAAAGAACUCAUUAUAAACUAGAUUGGCAUAGGUUUAACGUAAAAAGACGUACUGUUAGCUUAGAACUUGGUAAAAAGCAAUAUAAACCAACUACUGAAGAAGAAUUUGAAGAAUUAAUGGGUGAUAGUAUAUCAAGUAUUUCAGGAUCCGGGACGGAUUGUUCUGAAACAACAGAGGAUGAUGUAGCAACUCUUGUUAAUGAAUUGAAAGAAACUACUUUAGAUGAUGACGAAUUGACUGAUAAACAAAAUAAGAAUUCAGAACCAAUCUCAUGGUUUGUUUGUCCUACUUUAUUUCCAACUUCAAUUAAUUUAGGUAUAUAUAAGAAUAUUCUUAAUAAUUUUGGAGACAAAGAUAUUGAUGAUAUUUACAAGUUACAAGUGAAAUCUAACGAAAGACAAAAUCCAAGGUUAUGGACAAUGAUAAUGAUUGGAGGUGGUCAUUUUGCAGCAUUGAUUUUGGAUGUUACAAAGAAUUCAAACGUGAUACAUGCUAAAGAAGUUAAAGCGAUAGUUCAUAAAACUUUUCAUCGAUAUACAA